CAAAAAAGUAAACAACAUCAAAACGUUUAUUUUAAUUUUUCCUCAUUUUUCCUGCAAUAAAUGGUAAUUAAAAUGCAACUACUGGAAAAAUCGAUCGAUGUUGACUUUAUCGAAGAGGACUUGCCGUACGAGGAAGAAAUCCUCCGAAAUGCUUAUUCGGUGAAACAUUGGAUGCGCUAUGCGGAACACAAGAAGAACGCUCCCGGUCCCGUGCUCAAUAUGUUGUACGAACGAGCUCUGAAACAACUUCCGGGCUCUUAUAAACUCUGGUACAACUACUUAAAGGCACGUCGGAAGCAAGUAAAAGGCAAAUGCGUGACGGAUCCGGCUUUCGAAGAGACAAAUCACGUAUUUGAACGUUCGCUCGUCUUCAUGAACAAGAUGCCACGCAUCUGGAUGGAUUACUGCAGCUUCAUGGUGUCACAAUGUAAAAUCACAAAGACCCGAAAUGUGUUUGAUCGCGCCUUGAGGGCAUUACCGAUAACGCAACACAACCGCAUUUGGCCAAUUUACCUGGAUUUCUUGAAUAAACACAACAUUCCCGAGACAGCGGUGCGAGUUUAUCGGCGUUACUUGAAGGUUUGUCCCGAAGAUGCCGAAGAUUACAUCGAUUAUCUCGUUUCGGUCGAACGUUUGGACGAGGCAGCUCAACAACUCGCCAAUAUCGUCGAUAACGAGCAUUUUGUCUCAAAACACGGCAAAAGUAAUCAUCAGUUAUGGAAUGAAUUGUGCGAAUUGAUAUCAAAAAACCCCGAUAAAGUGCAUUCCUUGAACGUAGAUGCCAUAAUUCGAGGCGGUUUGCGACGUUACACGGACCAACUCGGGCAUUUGUGGAAUUCGCUUGCCGAUUAUUACGUGAGAAGCGGUUUGUUCGAUCGUGCUCGCGAUAUUUACGAAGAAGCCAUCCAAACGGUCACCACAGUGCGAGAUUUCACGCAAGUUUUUGACGCAUACGCCCAAUUUGAGGAACUAAGUUUGAGCAAACAAAUGGAACUUGUCGCAAGUAAAGCGAAACCUACAGAAGAAGAUGAUAUCGAUGUCGAAUUGAGACUCGCAAGGUUCGAAUAUCUCAUGGAACGACGUCUUUUGUUACUAAAUAGCGUUUUGUUGCGACAAAAUCCACACAACGUGCAGGAAUGGCAUAAACGAGUCCAAUUGUACGAAGGAAAACCGCAUGAAAUCAUCAACACGUACACGGAAGCUGUUCAAACGGUGCAACCACGACUCGCAGUUGGCAAAUUACACACGUUAUGGGUCGAAUUUGCCAAAUUUUACGAAACAAAUGACCAAUUAGAUGACGCCCGGAUAGUUUUUGAGAAGGCAACGCAAGUAGAAUACGUCAAAGUCGAGGAUUUGGCAACUGUUUGGUGCGAAUGGGCUGAAAUGGAGAUCAGACAAGAGAGAUUUGAGGAAGCGCUGAAGCUAAUGCACCGCGCUACUGUCAUGCCGAAGAAGAAAGUUGCGUAUCACGAUGAUUCGGAGCCCGUUCAGAUGCGUGUUUACAAGUCGUUGAAGCUUUGGUCGCUGUAUGCCGACUUGGAAGAGAGUUUUGGGACUUUUAAGUCUUGCAAAGCUGUCUACGAUCGGAUAAUUGAUUUGAAAAUCUGUACGCCUCAAAUAAUUAUUAAUUACGGACUUUUCUUGGAGGAACAUAAUUACUUCGAAGAAGCGUUUCGUGCCUAUGAAAAGGGAAUUGCGCUGUUCAAAUGGCCCAACGUUUACGACAUUUGGAAUACGUACCUUACAAAGUUUUUGAAACGUUAUGGCGGCACGAAACUCGAACGUGCUCGCGAUUUAUUCCAACAAUGUUUGGAAAAUUGUCCUCCUGAAUUUGCAAAAGCUUUGUAUCUGCUCUAUGCGAAGCUGGAAGAAGAACACGGCUUGGCAAGACACGCAAUGGCUGUUUAUGAACGUGCCACAACUGCCGUCAAAGACGAGGAACGCUUCGACAUGUUCAAUUUGUACAUCAAAAAAGUCGCCGAAAUCUUCGGAUUGCCAAAAACGCGCGAAAUUUACGAAAAAGCCAUCGAGGAUCUGCCCGAAAGUGAUGCGCGUGAAAUGUGUUGCAAAUUUGCGGAAAUGGAAACGAAACUCGGUGAAAUUGAUAGAGCUCGUGCCAUUUAUGCGCAUUGUUCGCAAAUGUGCGAUCCCCGAAUUACGGCAGAUUUCUGGCAGGCAUGGAAAGAUUUCGAAGUACGGCAUGGAAAUGAAGACACGAUGCGGGAAAUGUUGCGUAUCAAGAGAAGUGUUCAAGCGACGUACAAUACGUCGAUUAAUAUGAUGGCGGCACAAAUGAUGCAUCAAACGGCGACCCAGAGUACGGUAUCGGAUUUGGCGCCGGGCGUCGACAGCAUGCGAUUGUUGGAGGCAAAGGCAGCGGAAAUGGCUGUCACGAAGGAAAAACCUGCCGGAGUUGGCUCUAAUAUCAUGUUUGUGCGAGGAGAAACCCAAGGCUUACCUGAAAAGAAUAAAAUUGUUAAUCCGGAUGAAAUUGAUAUCGGCAGCGAUAGCGAUGAAGAAGAAGAAGAUGAAACAGAAGAAGUUAAAAUUCCCGUGGAAAAACAAGCUAUUCCCGCAAAACUCUUUGGAGGACUCAAAAAACCCGACGAAAGUGACGAAGAAACGACAUAAAAAAAUCGAUUUCUUAUCUACAACUUUUUUGUUUUAUUUUUCCUCUCAUCAUUGAUUUGCUUAAACGAUUCUAUAAUACUAAAAAUAACUUUUUUGUUUAAACUUAUAUUUACAUAAUUUUUUUGAGAAUAAAUAAAAAAAAUUAAAUUGGAUA